GUUUGGAUUGUGAGAAAGAAAAACCCCCGAGCGAGUCAAGUGACUUUGUACGUAGAAUCCGUUCUUGAAGAAGAGAAUGGGUUGGAAAGCUGUGUUGUUUCUGCUAUUAUUGUUUAAUCUCCAAAUCCUCUUUUCCUCUGGCAAACCUGAUGGAGUAUGUAUCUCUCCGGGUGGACGCUUUCCUCCAUUCUCCUCUGAAGGGAAACCGCCUAAGAAGGUCAGCAAAGGACCCAAAGAUUUGACCCUUUGCAGGGUGUUCCGCAGAAAGACAUGCUGUGAUGUAUCCCAGACACAUCCUGCUUUGCUGUCUAUCAGGAGGCUGGCUUCAACAGGGGAAGCCAGCCAAGAAUGCUUGCAAUUAUGGGAAUUAUUGGAAUGUUCCAUCUGUGAUCCACAUGUUGGUGUUCAGCCUGGACCUCCGGUUAUAUGUACUUCUCUUUGUGAUAAAGUCUUUCAGGCUUGCUCUAAUGCAUACUUCUCUAUGGAUGCAAAAAGGCAGGUUCUAGCACCUUGUGGAGUAGGCGACUUUGUUUGUGGCAGGGCUUCUGAAUGGAUUUCUAAUGGCACAGACCUCUGCCACGCUGUGGGUUUUUCUGUCAAACCUUCUGAUGCUGGCAUGGAAGAAACAUCUUGUUAUGGUGGGAAAGCCAGUCUAGAUUCCAUUGCUGAUUCUUGGAAGGCUUCUCAAUCUGAGACACCAUCGAAAAUUGAGAACGUAGGUGUUUUAGAUGAUUUUCAGCAGUGGGUGAGGGAAAUGGCAUUUAGCGAAAGAGUUUCUUGGGCAGUGGGAGGAAUGGUUCUUACAGCAGGACUCUUGUUUUUAAGUUAUGACUAUUUGGAACAGUCCUUAUCAUACACAGAUCAGCUUUCACUGCAAUCAGGCAAAAGAAAGAGCCAUAACCAGCGCCAGAAGCUAGCAGCCAUUCAGCGCACUGCCAAGAAACUGGAAGCUAAGAUAAACCAGAAGCAUCCAGUUAGUCAAGGAAAUAGGAGAGGAGGUGGAAGAUGAAUGUCUUCUUGUAGGUGCACAUAAUUUUGUGGUGUUAACUUAUAGGUUACUCAGUGAAUUUAUUAUGAACAAAAAAAUGAUAUAUUUACUUAAGGAUUGUUUCUUCAAUUUUGGAGCCCUCAAUUAUAAUUUUGAAGCGUUCCCACUAUAUUGCGGAUGAUCCCCUGUAGUUCUAACCAGGUAAAAGUCUAUGGUUAAGCAGGUAAAGAGGUUGGAAACCCCUUUACAUUCCUUCCUCAGAUGGCUUUGAUUUCUACUCUCUUGUAACAGUUCUUCAGCCCUUCUCAUCCGAAUCUCGUAUCUAUUUUUGGGAAGCAUUUUUUGGUGGUUAUAUAGCAAUUCUACUUGUGUUUCUGUUAAGAUCACAUUAAUGUGGUGAAUGUAGUGUUAAAGACUGUUUGUUAA